GAACUAGACAGACCUACAAUGGCUGCAUUACCUACAACUCACUGUACAAGUACAAGGCCACAUGUAUCUACACUCGUCACUAUUCUACAAAUGACAAAAGAAUCUUAAUAAGUAGUCUAGAGCUAGAUUUAGAAUUUAGAUUAAAGUAUUUAAAGUCGCAGAGUUCUGAUGUCACACAGUACAAGUAGGCCUACAAUUAUAGAGACUCCAAGUAAACUACAAUCUAAAUGUUGUGACUCUCUGAUUCAUCUAACAUUCAAGUACUAGUCUAUAUCUAGAUUUCUCUAGAUUGUAGUACUAACAAUGGUGGGAAAAAGGCUGGAAUUUCCUAGAAAUGAAACUUAAUUACUGUAAUAAUCCAAUGCAAUCAUCAAUCAUGUAUUGCAGAUGCAGCCAAGUCUCAACACAUGACUUGAAAUUAUAAUAGGCUUAGCAAAUAGCCAACAGUGAAAAUAUCACCUUUAAAUAGUUCUAUUUUGAUAUGAAAUUACAUCUGUUGGAAAAACUAUGAUACUGAUACAGAAAAUGACAAUUGUCACUUAAUGGUUGUUAUAAUCAACUGUUGAAAUGAAUUAAUUAAAUUAGAACAUUUAACUGUACAUUUUUUGGCAUUACCGGUACCUAAAAAAAAAAUCUAUGCUUGUGAAUAAAAAUGUCAUCUUACCAGAGAAAUAAUUUAGAACCUUGAAUUUCAUUUUGGAAGAGAAUAGGUUCUACUACUUCAGUAGUGAUUGUAGGGAAUUUAGGUAGAUCUAAAAGUCAGCUUUUUUUUUCUUUUGAAAUAAAAAUAGCAACACUUUAUAACAAUCAAUAGUUAUUCUACUUGAAACAAUUUUCAGAAUGGCAAAUACAAAGAUUGCUGUUUACUUUGUAAAUGCCAACAUAAAAUGUAAACAUUUUGAACUGACAAGUGGACUACUGUGUCAAGAAGUACUAAAGGAAUGUUUAGAGCACAUUAGUCUUAAAGUUGUUGAUAAUAAUGCUGAAAUUUCAGCUACAAAGUAUCUACAUAUGUUUGGUUUGCUAUUAUUAAAUAGUUUAGCAGAAGAACAGGUUUGGCUACCAAACAAUCAUAUCUUUGAUAGAAACAAAGAUCAAGGACAAAUUUAUCAGUUCAGAGUUCGUUUUUAUCCUCACAAUAAGAGGGUUAAUUUUUUUAAAUUGCAAUCACCUGACGAUGUGGUGUUUGAAUAUCUGUUUUUACAAAUUAUGAAUGACUUUCUGAUGGGAAAAUUAGGAGGAAGUGAUAAAAUUGAUGAUACUAACGUGUUAAAACUGAUUACUAUUUCGUUUCUGAUGCCUCAGUCAUUGCCCUUCAAAUCUUCUAGCACAGUUGAUGUGCAUUUAUCUAACCAGAGCAUACACUAUUUCAACAUCGGGAACAAAGUAUCUAAUUUUAUAAUUAAGCGUUUCAGCACGUGGUGGAUUGAUUCAUUUUGGAUUUGCAGAACGGUGAAAACAGAAAUUCAAAAGAUGAAACGGGAGAAGAAGCUUUUAGCUUAUUAUAAGCAGAUGUUUUUCACUGAAGUAAUGACACAUGAGCCUUACUAUUGGAUAGAAAAAUACAAGGCAACUUAUAAUGAUGGUAACAAAAAAACAGAAGUGACACUGACUGUCAACUUUUAUGAGCUUAAUAACAAACCUUCUUUGUAUUUUGGUGAAGUUAUGAUGUAUAGCUUAGAUGAACUUAUUGACAUCAAAAUUGAGUGCUAUAAUCUUGAUGGAGCACCUCCUAAGACUGUUUUGAUCAGUCCAAGAAAUGGAGCAACAAUGAGCCUGGAGUUUGCUGCUAAAGGCGCAGCAGAAUCAUUUGUUUCAAUGCUACAAGGAUUUGUUAUGUUAUUUGUUAGUUAUGACUUCUGCUUUAAAAGCUGUGAGUUUCAAACUAUGGACAUGAAACUUAGGAGCCAGCUGCAGAGUUUUGGCUACUUGAGCUCAUCAAGCAUCACGACCAUCUUAUCCAGUGCAGGGGACACUAGUAGGUUUCUCAUACAUGAAAGUCCCUACAAGUUUGGUAAAUAUGAAGUUGUGGUACGACAUAACGCUGAAGAAACACGUCUGGACAUUGAAAUCAUAGAUGAAAAUAGAGUCAAGUUGUUUCAAAACAAAACAGAAUUGAAAAGUUGUGAUAGGCCUGCACUUUUGCAUUAUUUGAGGAAUAAAUACAAAAUCCAGCGAAUUCCUAGAAAUUAUCCUAGUAUGGAAGAGAUCAACAAGCUGUUUCAGUUGAAUAUUAUUGAACCGUAUGACAUUGUCCAUCAGCCUCCAGCUAGUGCUGAGCCUGUGGUUUAUCAGAGAGACCAACUGGUCAUUAUUGAGAUCAAAUCAGGUAAAAAGCCAAUAACAAAAACUGAGGUUUCUGUAAGAUAUCAGAGAAUGAUGCUAAAGAGUUUACAAGUGGAAGACCCUGAUAGAUCUGAGGCAUUUUAUAAAGCUGUCCGUGACUUAUGCAAAUUACAUAGCAAAAAGCCAGAGAGUGUUUUGAAAUUCCAAGGCACUGUCCUUGAGAGAAAGCCUAGUUUUCUUAUGGAGUUUAGCCCGAAUGGUAAUCUACUUGACUAUUUAUGCCAGAACCAACUGACUGUGGACCAGAAAGUGGACAUUAUUUACCAGAUUGUUAAUAUUCUUGGAUUUAUGCAAGAAGCCAGAGUGUUUCAUGGAAAUUUAAGGUCAAGAAAAUUGUUUGUGUUUGUUAAAGAAGGUACUCUGAACAUUAAAAUUAAAUUGGGUGAUUCUGGACUAUCACAUUACUUGGACACCCUUCCCCUUCAUGAAGUCCGAAAUAUUGAAAGAUUACCGUGGUUGUCACCUGAGCGCCAGCAAAACUUAAAGUCCAUCUCCUUAGAAUCUGAGUGCUAUGCUUUUGGAACAAUAGUUGUUGAAAUCAUUUAUCAAACUGAUAAUUUUCUCCCAGAUUUGAACAUGUCUUGCAUGCAAAAUGAUUCCCCUCUUCCCCAAUACACCAAACUUGUAACUGAGGAACAAAAUGCAUUUGAAAAUCAAGAAGAUCCAUUAGUGCCGGAAGCUAAAAAAGCCAUAGAGGAUAUUCAGGAUUUUGCCAAAUCACAAUGUAGAUCUCGGGAGCCAGCAGACAGACCAUCUAUAAUGAAAAUUUCGCAAGUAAUUAGUGAAAUCAGGAACAGGACAAGAAGGAUCAGAGGAGACACAGAAGAAACAUCUUUAAGACACUUUGUCUAUCAAGUGUGUCCGGAGGCAAAACAUAGGUUGACUAGUAAAAGUCUUGAUGCAAGAAGAACUAAAGCAGAGCUGGAGGAAAUGCUGAAGAAAACAUUUCAAAACAAAUUUUUACCUUUUCAUUUGAUCACUCUAAGUACAAAUGUGCUUGGCCAGGGUUUUUAUGGUCAAGUUUUGGAAGCAUCAAUCAGGACUCCACAUGUCAAUGGUCAGAGAGGUCAGAGUACAGAGCUCACCAAAGUUGCCAUAAAAAAAUUGUUACAAAAUGAUGCGGUUGAAGAUCAAGCGAAGAACUUUGUACGAGAAAUCUGCCUGGCUUGUGAACUUGAACAUCCAAACAUUGUGAAGGUCUUACAUUUUACUUAUAAUACAUCGUUGAGAAUAGUUGAUGAAAACUUCUCAAACAUCUUGUUGAUCAUGGAGUAUAUGACAAUGGGCUCCUUGAGCAGUUUUGCUAAGAAUGAAAUGAAUUCUCCAGAUGAACCUAAUUCUGAAAUACUGCUAAACAUUUGCAUUCAAAUAGCUGAGGCAAUGGUGUAUCUGUCUGGAAAAGAAAUUGUGCAUCGUGAUCUGGCUGCUCGAAAUGUACUGCUGACUAAAGUCGCAGGUGAAAUCAUAGCAAAGGUGUCUGACUUUGGUAUGGCACGUUACCUGAAAGAAAAUUAUAGUUUUUACAGCAUUAAGCCAAAAGAACUGUUGCCAAUUUUUUGGAUGCCACCAGAAGCACUAGAUCAAAAUAGUGAAAGACAAAUUUUCACCAGCAAAGGAGAUGUUUGGUCCUACGGUGUUACAGUUUGGGAAGCUUUCAGCCAGGGAAAACAUCCCAAGGAAGAACUUCCUCAUCAAUUUGAUCAGCUGCUCUGUUCCUACAAACAUCAUAAACGGCUUCCUAAGGGUCCACAUAUCAGUGACAGUGUGUACAAUAUCCUGCAGAGUUGUUGGCACUUAGAACCAAGUCAGCGACCAGCCUUUGUCGAACUGGUCCCACAGCUCAAGGCCUUAAAAGCAAUGAGAUAAUUUUGUCUCACUGUAACACUAAUAGGAAUAAACAAAGGCAUUCAGUACUUUAGACAGGACUAGUUCUAUUAGUAAGCUUGUGAUGAUUUGAAUUAUUUGGAAUGCUUUUCUAAAACGUAAUCCACAAUAAAAAUUUGGAUUUAAGACCUCUUUGUUAGUGUGGAAUUAUAAAUCUACAUAUUUAAAAACUGUUGAAACAAGUUUAAAUAAUAAUUUAGAAUUUUAAAGACAAUAUUUUUAAAGGAGAAAAAAUUGAAAAAGGAGGAAAUUUCAAAUUGAUUUUUUACUUUUACAUAUAAUCAAAUAUCUGGCUUAAAUGUAAAUUUCAUUGUAAGGUGUGUUUUUUUGUUGUUUUUUUUAAAUAUAUCAUUGAUCAGUUACAACUGAAGAAUAAGAAACUAAGUAAACAAAAUAUACAUUUUAAAUAAGCAUUUGUAAGCUAAGGUUGACUUUUUAAUUUUUUAAUGUUCUGUUUUCAAGAUUGUUUCAUUUUUGAAUAGCUAUUGACUGUGAUAGUCAUCUCUUUGUGUGUAAACAGUAAAUCUCUUUAAAUUCUGUUUCCAAAUAAAAUAUUUCUUUUGAGUUUGGAUUCUUUUAAAUAUCAGAAUAAGAAAUAUUUCUAUUACAAGGAAUAUACUAUUCAAUUAACUAUGAGUGGGUGGCUUUGAAUGUUUAAUAGAGCUUUCAAAUACUCUAUACUAACAUUUUUCUUAUAACAAAAUCACUGCUGUUUAGCAACAUUGUAUGGUUUACAUACCCAGACUUAAAUCCUCCUGGGCAUUUCAGCACAUUGGUUGGUAAGGUGUUUCCAUAGAACUCUUGUCUCCAGCAAUAUCUGCAGCAUCUUCCCACCUGAUGUCCUACAUGAAGGUGCCUUGUUAUAUGAUGUGACUAAACAAGCCAAAUUUUACAUGUAGGAUGUCCCUGUGUAGAGAAAGUGAGAUCAGAUAGCUUGUUUUUUCAUGUCAUAGACUGCAAAAGGAUCUUCUGAAAAGCACUGGCACUACACAAGAUUUUGAUUCAUUGAUACUGAUCACAUUUCAGAUAUAAAAAAAUAUGUAUGAAUGACUUAAGAAUCUCUGCUAAUGCCACUGCACUGUACUGUAUGAUUGGCAAGGAACUUUUGCUAAUGUUACUGUUCUGAAGUAUUAUUCAAGUCAGUUAAUCAAAAUUGAUUUCAUUAUGUUCAAUUUUCAUUGUUAAAAUUUUUUUAGAGAGGGUUAUUUCUGUUUCAUAUCAGAACACUUUAUAGCUUCUCAAUGACCAUACCAUUACAGCUAAGUUUAGAUGUCAAUUAAGAACUCAUGAUUGUCUUGACUUCAAAAUUUUAUUCGUCCUGUUUUUUACUUUUGUUUUUAGAUGUUAAUCAGUGUUAAUACCACAAUGUUACAUCUUAAGACUUUUCUACAUACCUCAACUGAUUCAUUCCAAAAACAAACACACACAAAAAAAAAACAGUGACUGGCUUGAGUAUUCAUUUUUCUUGAAUUAAAGAUGACCACACUCAUAUUUUAUAUUUGCAGUUUGAGUUUUCCCUGUGUGAACAAUUAUCUAGUAAUUUUUUACCCAAAGAUAGACAUCAACUGUCACAUUUCUAAGAAAAUCAUUAGAGCUUUUUUUAAGGCUGUGUCCACUCAUGUUCCAGUUUUCAUGAAGACAUUGAAAUGCUGAAAAGAGGAAUUGUAAAAUAAUUUAAUCCUCAUUUCUUACAAAAUUGUAGCUGCAUUUUGAUUUAUUUGCUUAAUUUAUAAAUGUUAUUUUAUUUAUUUUUUUUCUACAAUUUUGUAUGCAUUGGAUGUUUUUUGUGUAUUUCUAAUUGAAAUCAAAAGCUCACAGUAGAAGAUGUACAUAGGAGGAUUGCAAUUCAUCAAGCAAGGGCUGGUUGUGUCUGUGAGUGUGUGUAUCUGUUGUUUUCUCUGUCUUUGUGUAUGUUGUUUGAGUUUGCGUCUAUUUUGUUAUUGCAAUAGUAGUAAUACAGGAUUGGAUAGGACCAUAAAAAUAAUUUUAUCUUAUAUCCAUAUAUGUCAUUUAUCCUUAUUAUGGUGUACUCUAUAUUAUUUUACUUUUCAAUUUCGUUUGAAUAUAAACCUUUGAAGCCAUUUGUACUUUACAUGCUGACAGGUAAAUAUAAUUAUGGCCGUGUGGUGGCUAAAUGGUUAAGGGCUUGGCUUCCUAACCAACAGGUCCCAUGUUCAAAUCUCUGUGAAGACUUGGGUUUUGAAUUUGUGUAAUCUUAGAAUGCCCUGAGUCCAAACAACUCAAAUGGGCACCUGGUAUUAGUUGGGCAAAGUAAAGUGGUUGGUCUUUUGAAAUAGACGCAUGACACUCCUUAACUGUAAGCCAUAGAAACAGAUGACCAAUACAUCCUAUGCCCUAUACAUUCCAAGGUAUUAACGGGGUAUAGUUACUUAUCCCACCACAUUCAAUAUCAUGCUGCUGUCUUCUGCUGAUUAUAUCUUCCAUUAUAUCUGUUAUCCUUCUUGUCAAGUGUCCAUUCUCUCUGACUUCUUUAGCCCAGACAAUGAGACAUGACAACAUUGUUAAACCAUUUGAAUAAACACAUUUUGCUUGUAUAAAAUUGAUAACAAUAAAAGAUUUUUUUCUUACAUUCCAUUUAGUAUUAUGUUUGAGAUAUCACAUAAUGUUACUGUACGUGAUAAAUUGUUUUUUGUAUUCAUAUUUUUUUUAAUAAAAUGUGCCUUUUUGAAUAUAUAAUAUAUAUAUACACAGGAUUUUUAUUGUUAUCUUGUAUUUGCACAAAGAUGUGAUGUGAACAUUAUUCUUUUAUACUUUAUACAUUAGCUUUUUCAUGUUUAUAUAUUAAAAUUAUAUUAAAAAUUUAUUAAUGAUAAAAAAAAUAUUGUAUCUCUUUGUACUCUUGUAUACAUUUCAAAAAUAUAAAAAAAACUUUAUUUGUUACAUUUUAAAAUAUAUUGGUAGUUAUAGUAUUUUUAAAUAGGGCUCAAUCUGUUUUGAAAGCCAAUGAAUGCGCCCAGAUGAAUCACUGGUUUUAGUUUCUUUUUUAAUCUGGUCAAAAUCUUAUGUGACUAAACAAGCUGAUUCUGGAAAAGUUUGCCUCAGUUUGCGCAUGUGAAUGCACCAGAUUUAUGGCUAUCUGAUAUAGGGCAGUAUUCUUUCUCAUUCGUUUGUCCAAGUCUGCUUCAUUUCUUUUGCUCUUAGCGAGAUUUGUACCAACACACAGUCCGAUCUUGCAGGAUUUCAUAGAUACCUGUAGUCCUCAGAUUUCGCAUGUAGAAAUUUCUGUUGGUUAGUCUUGUAGUCUAGUGCAACCCUUCUGUCUGACUCCUACCACAAACUCAGCAGGCGUCUGUAAUGCAGGUGACAUGUCCCAGCCAACCUAGUCUUAUCUGUGUCAAAGUUAUUUAUAAAUACCUGGCAAUAAGUAUGUUAUUGAAAAUCUAAUAUAAAAGAUUACAACUUUUAUUUACUUUGGCUAAAGGACAUAAUUUAACAUUAGAAGACUUACUAGUUUAAGUAAUAACCAUUUUUAGCGGCCCCCAAAAGGGGAAAAGAUGCUAUUAGUUUUGUGAGGAAUGUUUGUCCAUUUAGAUCUCUUAAACUAGAAAAGAAAGUGAAAAUCCAACAUCAUGAUAUUUUAGAUCUUUCAAAGUUCUGAUGCAACAGCUACUUUUUUCUUUUCUGAAAGUGAAAAAUUUAAUUUUUAAAAUCAACUAUGCAAGCAGUUUUUUCAUAAAAUUACACCAUUUUUACAACUAUUCACUAUUAAUAGUAACAAACACAGGGGGCUACUUAGUAAGGGAAUCCGCAAUUUACCAUAUUUUUAUUCUCAAUAAUGCAAACAGUUUUAGAUUUUUUGUAAAGAAUUUUUUUUUUUUUUACAAAUGUAUUGCUAUGUUAUGUAAGUUGUGUUAUACUAAACACUACAUUUACAAAAAAAAUGGUUACUAUUUUUUUCAAAGAGAAAAAAUCUAUUUAAUAUGCAUAUAAGUGGAACAUAAUUUAAAACAACAAUUAAUAAGUAGUUUUUCAUAUUAUCGAAGGGAGUUACUUGACCAAUACGAAACCUAAGGAUUUUUACAUAUAUUAUUUUUUACGAAAUGUUUUUUUUUAAUGAGGCUUUCAAUAAGAGAUUGGCCCUAUGCAAAACAGUUAGGUCAAUCAGAUAAUCAUUAUAUGAAAUCACUUAAGCCAGGUUCAGAUCUAACUUCACCUUCACUUUCACCUAUCCUUUAGUCUGCUGGACCGCUGUGGCACCACACAAGAUCGGUCAACCUUCUUUCUCCAUUCUUCUCUGUCAUUUGUCUUUGAUAGAAUUACAUUCUGAUAGUCUUUCUGAAAAUAUUGAAACCUGCCUUUUUACCUGUCUGGGUGGACCACUUUGGGGGCCAAUUUUGAGUUUGUGUUACCUCACAAGCUGUCUUUGUAACCUUGUUAUUUUUUUACAAUAAUUUAAUGUAAUUCUUUUAAAAUUUUAUGUCAAGUGCCAUACAAUGUAUCUGUAGGCUUGUUAUUACUAUUAUUAUUAUUUAAAAAAAAAUUUUUUUUCAAUUUAUGCAUAAGCUGAGGUCAAAGAUUACAUUCUUUAUUAUUAUCUUGACCAACGGAUAUAACUGGGUGGUAAAGCAUUUAAAAGCAAUGUAUAUAAUAAUAUACAUAACCUACUUCUUAAGGAAGGUCAUCUUUUUAUUAGAGCAAAAUAGUAUAUAACCUAUUAUGCUCAAUGACAGUGGUUCUCAAACUAGGGUCCUUGGACCUCCAGGGGUCUGCAAGACGACCAAAACAUUUGGUAGAAGAUGAAAAUCGUAUAACAAUUAAAAUAACUUCUUAGCUAAAAGCAAGUUUAUCUGAUCAGAUAAUUUGCAUACUAAUCAACUUGCCCCUGACUAUUGUUUAAUAUGUCUAUUAUGUACUAUUCUAAGACGACCUAAACUAAAGAUUUGAAACUGGGUAACAAACCUUUUUGAACCAUGCUAAUACAGAAACAGAUAUUAAAUUAUCCCCAAACAAGGAACUUAAACCAAUUUUUGAACAAGGAUACCUUAAUAUCUGGUUACAAAAACAGAUUCCAAUUUAUAUCCUGCAUUAUGGGUCAUUGAAAUGAAGUUGUUGACUGGCUUCACGUCUUCUCAUUUUGAACAAUCGUCAAUCUCAUCAACCUCAUUUUUUUUUAAAUUCUAUGUAAAACAAAAGUUAUAAUAUCAAUAAAUGUUCCUUUAACAAAAUGUUUUUUUUUUGUUUUUUUUUUUUUUACAUUUGUAACUUGUAUGCAAUGCAUUGAUGUAGCUUUUUCCCAUUCUGUGGGAUAGUUUUGACUAUAAAUGGGUCCCCCCCCCCUGCCAUCCGGUUUAAAAAGUUUGAGAACCCCUGCUCUAUGAUAUGUUUCUACAUGCUAAUUUAAUAUUACAGCCUUAAAUCAUUGGCUUUACUGUUUUGUCCUGAUAUUGUCAAUUUGCCAUUUGUUUUUAAUUCUGUAAAUUUGAUCAAUGAUUGUCUUUUCAGUUUCUAUUAUAUGUUUUAAUAAUUCUAAUUAUCAUUACAACAGUUUGAACCAAACAAUAACAAGUAUCUUUUUAAAAAAAAUAUUCGCUGAUUAAAAACAUCGACCAUUGAAUAUUACUUGCUAAUGAGUGGGUUGUACACCUGUUGUAGCAUAUUGAAUUUAGUUUAUUAAUUAAAUUCAUAGUCUUUCGAUGAUUAAAAAUUCCACUUCUUAAUUAACAAUAUUAAAUGAUUAUUGCAUACUUUUUAAAUGCUUUUUAUAAUUGAAAGAACAAAAGUUGUAUGCCUUGAAUUUGAACUCGAGGUCUCAAGCCACUUCAGGCCAAUACACUAACCACUGUGCCAGCAAAGUGCUUAUGAACAUAGAAGGUUUUAUAGUUAUCUAUUAUUAUUGUUACCUAAUUAUCUACACAAAGUAUAAAGGGGACCAAUGUAACUUAUUAACAUCUUUCAAGUAUAAUUUCUUUCCCUUGUUUUUGAAAGCAAAUAAAAUAACUAAUUACCAAUAGUUAA